AUGACAAUUGUGCACAGUGUGAAGGGGGCUUACCUGAUCUACUCCAGCAGUGUGGCAGCUGGUGCCCAGAGUGGAAUCGAAGAAUGCAAAUAUCAGUUUGCCUGGGACCGCUGGAACUGCCCUGAGAGAGCACUGCAGCUGUCCAGCCAUGGUGGACUUCGAAGUGCUAACCGGGAGACGGCCUUUGUGCACGCCAUCAGCUCCGCGGGCGUCAUGUACACCCUGACUCGGAACUGCAGCCUCGGAGACUUCGACAGCUGUGGCUGCGAUGACUCCCGGAACGGGCAACGGGGGGGCCAAGGCUGGCUGUGGGGAGGCUGCAGUGACAACGUGGGCUUCGGAGAGGCGAUUUCCAAACAGUUCGUCGAUGCCCUGGAGACGGGACAGGACGCCCGGGCAGCUAUGAACCUGCACAACAACGAGGCCGGACGCAAGGCGGUCCAGGGCACCAUGAAGCGCACGUGCAAGUGCCACGGCGUGUCCGGCAGCUGCACCACGCAGACCUGCUGGCUGCAGCUGCCCGAGUUCCGCGAGGUGGGCGCGCACCUGAAAGAGAAGUACCACGCGGCGCUCAAGGUGGAGCUGCUGCAGGGCGCCGGCAACAGCGCGGCGGGCCGCGGCGCCAUCGCCGACACCUUCCGUGCCAUCUCCACGCGCGAGCUGGUGCACCUGGAGGACUCGCCCGACUACUGCCUGGAGAACAAGACGCUCGGGCUGCUGGGCACGGAGGGCCGCGAGUGCCUUCGGCGAGGGCGGGCACUGGGCCGCUGGGAGCGCCGCAGCUGCCGCCGGCUGUGCGGGGACUGCGGGCUGGCGGUGGAGGAGCGCCGCGCCGAGACCGUGACGAGCUGCAACUGCAAGUUCCACUGGUGCUGCGCGGUCCGCUGCGACCAGUGCCGCCGCCGCGUCGCCAAGUUCUUCUGCAGCCGCGCGGAGCGGGCGCGGGAAGCGCUGCGCCCGGCCCGGGGCUAAAGCCCUGAGGCCUCCCUCGCCUGUCGGGGCUUCUGUUAGAUUCCAGUACCGGGGAGCCGGGGCCGGGCACCCUGCGCCCCCAAGCCCCGAGUCCUGAGGGAAAGAUGCGUUCUCCCCAAGCUCGCACUUGCCAGGAGGGUUUCCCAGCUCCUCUGCGCGCUCCUCCCAGACCUGGGUCUGAGAGCUGUGCUAACACCGAGCUCCAUGGAUCUUCCGCGGACUAGGAAGACUCUAGGCCUCCCACCACAGCUCCCCAGCUGCCCUGUGCCUGGCCUCGCCUAUCGAGCCUCCGGAAAGGAAAGGACCUUUCUUAGACGCAGGCCCCGGGUGAAGCCCAGGCAUUUCCCUUUGCCUGCCGUCUGCUACCAAGCCUGCAGCACCCCUCCCUGGCUCUCUUCCUGCAGAGCCCUGCCCAUGGCUUCUGAGUCCCUGCUGUGGAUAGCGUCCACAGAAAUAUCUAACGCUUUCCUUCUUCACUACUAAAAAGAAACCAUGAGGAAACAGACCUGGGACCAGGCAUACCUUGGAGGCAGCUAAGGUGGGACCCGGGGAGGAGGGAGGCCUGGGCUCCCCACCCAUCCU